CGGUUGCAUCCCUGCAAACAUUGUUUACAGUCGUUAGCACUUAACUUUGAAUGAAAGUCGAAAUCAGCUGUUUGUGCUUUGAAAUUGAAUUGGUGUUUACGUGGAUUUAAUUUUUCUGAAAUCAAAUUAAAGCAGAGCCAAACACAAAAUGAUUGAAAUAUCAGAUCUGCAGAAAAUUGGCAUCGGCUUGGCUGGUUUUGGCGUUUUCUUUCUGUUUCUCGGCAUGCUGCUGCUGUUCGAUAAAGGCCUGCUCGCCAUUGGCAAUAUUCUAUUCAUAUCGGGCCUGGCCUGCGUCAUUGGCGUGGAGCGCACCCUGCGCUUUUUCUUCCAACGGCACAAAGUCAAAGGCACAACGGCCUUCUUCGGGGGAAUCGUUAUCGUCCUGCUGGGAUUCCCCAUCAUCGGCAUGAUUAUUGAAUCCUAUGGAUUUUUCGCACUCUUCAGCGGCUUCUUCCCCGUGGCCAUUAAUUUCCUAGGCCGAGUGCCUGUUUUAGGAUCGCUGUUUAAUUUACCAAUUAUGCAAAAGAUUGUCCAAAAACUUGGAGGAGACGGCAACCGAACUACAGUAUAAUUACAUCUCCAAAGUUGACCAUUUUGCAAAGACUUUUUGUAUAAAGUAAAUAAAAUCAAUUCAAAUUCUUGUAAACCCAUAUAAGUCCAUGUAAAAAACCGCCUUCAUAAACAAAAUACUUGUAGUUUAUCAAACCGAA